UAAAUAGUCUGACCAAAUAGACCAAGCAUUUAAUAUUGCUGCACGAAGCGAUGUAGGACUGUUGGUUGUUUGGCCAUGGUAGCCUACUGUAUGAGGUCCUCCUAUACACCAAGUGGUGCUAUAUCGCCUUUACGAUUCCGCCACUGUACGACGUAUUUCUCUACUGUUACCUUUGACGCAUUAGGACAUGACGGGAUUGUAACGCUCACCAGGAACGGUCACUCCGUGAUGAAUGAUAUCUCUUGUUGACUUCUGGCAGCUUCCUGUUACCAAACCCAGAAGAGAGAUGGACAGGGAGCCCAAGAGACAAUCGGAAACUGAAAAACGAGAGAGUCCAGUCGAGAGCACAAGUGCAAAUCCCCCCAUCCAGCCCAAGACUGGCAACCUCCUACCGAGCCCGGCGUCCAAUGGCAACAGCAGCAGCCUGCUCCUCCUGGCCAACAAAGCCAACAAGCCAGCCAAUCAGACCAACGGGAACAACAACAACAACCCUCCCAAACAGCCAAGUGGGAAAAUCCUCCCGGCCCAGGCCAAUGGCAACCAGGGGAGCAGCUCCGUCCACACCACCAUCACCACCUUCCACACCACCCCGACCCCUACUGACCGGAAAGUUGUUCAGGUGAUCCACCAGCCGUGCCACCAGCCGCGAGGGUCAGCUGCUCAGCUGCUGCAUCAGAUGUAUGCGGUCCAGCAGCAGCAGCAGCAGCAGCAGCAUGGCUCCUUCCAUGCAGCAGCUACACAUCCACCGCAGUCGCAGUCGCAGUUGCAGUCGCAGCCGCAGCCGCUUCUAAAGGGUCAAAUCCACCUGCCAGCUGUACAGCAGGUGAACUUGUUUGAUGACCAGAACUCAGGGUCACCAUCUUCACCAUCUACAUCAUCUCCAUCUCCACCACCACCACCACCACCAUCAUCAUCAUCAUCAUCAUCAUCAUCAUCAUCAUCGUCAUCAUCAUCAUCAUCGGCUGCUGAGGCAGUAACCGUCCCAUUACAGCUGCCACCCAAACCAGUCACACCGACCAGCUCUGCUGCUCCUGCGGCACACAUGAUCAGAGCUUCUCCGAGUGCUAUCCCAGUGACAGCAGGCCAGAGGAUCUCCCCACACGCUCUGCUCCUGGGGAAGGGCCCCGGCACCUCUCAAGCCCAGAUGCUUUUGCGAGCACAAAUGCUCAUCUUAACCUCUACCGUGCGUCCUGAGCUCCCUGCCCUGUCCUCUUCCCCCUCGCGCAUUUCCUCCGCACAGCUCCACCUGCGUCCACCUCCACCAGGGACCCUGACGAUACCCCCCAACCUCCCGCUGAAGGCCUCCGCCAUGACCCUCACCACCUCACCCGUGCCACGUCCCCGAACAUCCCCCGUGGUCCCAGGACCACCCCUGGUGGCCAGCCCCAGUCCCAGAACUCCUGUCGUCCCAGGACCACAACCGAUGAUGGUGGGCCACAGUCCUCCUACCGUGCAGGGCAGAGAGGCGUCUAAAAUGGGAGACAGUAGCCCCACCUCCCCUCAAGCCGAAGCCAAAACACCGCCUGUGAGACACCUCACUGUGCCAUCGCCAUCCUUGUACAGUCCAGUACAAUCCCAUGCGCUGGCCAAGCACAAACCCGGUGGCCCCCCCAGCAGCCUCAAGCGCUCCCACAGCCUGAUGAGUUCCCAACAGCAGCCCGCUCUCAUCAGCAGCCACACCCCACCACCCACCAGCCCCCAGGGCCCCACGCCAAAGAAGCCCCUAGCAGAGCUGCAGCAUUGUCCGUCCACCCAGAGCCUUCUCGCCCAGGCCACGUCCACGUCCUUCCUGGCCUCCUGCCCCUCCACCGCCGUCACCACUGCGAGGACGCUGUCCCUCACCACAUCCAGUGCCACCACGUCCCCCCCUGCCUUGGCUUUACCGUCUGAGCGCUCCCUCCUGGCGUCCAAGCAGCUGCUGAAAAUCGCCCUCUCCUCAGCCUCCGUUCAGCUGGCCAGUAGCCAGUCCAAGAUGGCCGCCGCCGCCGCCGUCGUGCCGUCUCGUGACUACAUCCAGUCCAAGCCGCUGUCCCCCAUGUUCUCGCGUCCCUCUCAAGUCCACUCGCCACACCGAAGUCUGAGCCAUCCGCCCAUCGGUCAGCUGUCCCCCUUGUCCUCCACCCAGAUGCCCUCUGCCUCAACCGGCACGCCAAAAAUUCCCUCGCCGCUCCCCUCACCUCAAAGACCAUGUCCGCCCUCCCCAAUUCUCCCUCCCGGACUAUCCAGCAGCACUCAGAAGCGUGCCGAGUCUCCUGUGGGGGCGUUACGCAACAUGGCAACUCCCAUCAACCGGGUGCAGAAAGACCCAAAGACCCAAAGUUCAGAGGGAGCGGGAGACAGAGCAGGCUCAAUAGUAGAGAGACUAAAACUGCUUGUGCAGUCCCCAAAAUCAACUGCAGUGCAGGAAAAACCAGCCGCUCCUCCUCCGACAGCAAACGCUCCAGCUUCAGCCUCUGAUCCAGCAGACAAAGCUUUAGACUUCACCAUAUCUGAAGCACCUUGCUCAGGGGAAUACCAAAGUAGAGGAGCCGUAAAAACCACACAGAAGAUUCCCCAACCAGCAUCACCUCCAGACCACCACGAAGACCUCUCCACUCAAUCAGACAAUCUGUCAGCCGUGUCCAGCUUGUCAUCAGAUUUGUCACCAAGCCAGUCGACUGUGCUCCCAGCAUCAGAUGAGCCCUCAGUGCCCGUCACAUCUCCCUUACCCCUCACUCCCAUCCUGGGACAGAACUCCUGUACGUACCCCUCGUUCACCUCCAUGGCAACUCCUGAGGAGAGACCAGGAGCCGUUAAGAAGCCCGUCAUCCUGACCCACCUUGUGGAUGGAUUCAUCAUCCAAGAGGGAUUAGAACCUUUCCCGGUGAACCGGUCCUCCUUGAUGCCUGAGCAGCAGGAGGGUACAGGAGGUUGCCAAGAGCCUGCCAAUGGCCAUGACGACCCCCAAACAUUCCACCGUAUAGACUCAACGGAACAUGCAGAGAACUCUUCCAACUCAGACACGGAUGCUGGCCCUCACAACAAUGGCUUUGGAGAGAGUAAUAGAGCGAUGCCACAGUGUGAACUCUGCAAAAGGAAGUGCCUCUCGCAUGUAUUCGUCCGCUCCAAAGGAUUCUGCUCCAGCUCAUGUGCCAGACGCUACAGCCAAAACAAACGAUUCCGCCCAAUCAGACGCAGCGGCAGUCAAGACGGUGGCCAGCACAGUCCAUUAUUCAAACCAGCCGAGGGGGAAUACGAGGCUGGCUCAAAUGAGCAGUGGAGAGUGCAGCCGCCACGGGGAGGAGAGGAGGAGGCUACGGCCCCCAUGAAGACACGCCUGCGCCGCCACACCGAGUUGGAGCGGGAGCGGGAGACAAAGUCCAGGGACGACGCGUCCUCUGAGGAGGAGACGAGGAGAGAGUCAUCAGCGCCCUCCGCUCAGGACCCCGCCGCCUCCCCAGACCAGUCGUCAAGGCCCAGACCAGCAGACUGGACCGUGGACCAAGUGUGGGAGUUCAUAUCGUCCUUACCAGGCUGUCAGGAGAUUGCCGAGGCGUUCCGAGCCCAGGAGAUCGACGGGCAGGCACUGCUGCUGCUUACAGAGGACCAUUUGAUGACUGCGAUGAACGUCAAACUUGGGCCGGCACUCAAGAUCUGUGCCCGCAUCAACUCACUGAAGGAAUACUGAAGAAGGAGAAGGAAAUGAGAGAGGACUGAGAGGAGAGGAGAGAAAUCAAACUAAAAACAGAUGUAUGAAAGAAAUUACUUUAAAAUUGAGUAAAAAACCCAUAUAAACCAGAGCACUUGCUAAUACAGCAAUUUUGAGCACUUUAAAAUGAGUGAUUGAGCGAAAAUAGUCAGAGGCAAAUGUGUGUCGGCAAAAGGAAGAAAAAAAUCAGACAUUACUCACAAAUUACCUGUGUAUUUAGCAACUGUCUGGAAGCAUGAUAGCAAUAUAAGAUCAGUAUCUGUACACAUAUACAAUAUAUACACAGUUAUAGUAAGGAUUGUUGUGUCCAUUUUUGUAUGGGACUUUCAAUUAAGGGAUAAGGGUUUGUUUUUAUAUUUCAGAAGGAUAAGAAACAGCAUUUCCCUAAGUCACGUAGCAAAGCUGAAAGUGUGAAGCCAGUGGUUUAGUUGCUAGCAUGUACUCCUUUCUAGCUCUUUUCUUACCGUACUGUACUAUAUGUGUACAUGUCAUAUAACAUUGCAGUGUUUUGUGUAUACAAACUUUCAAAUGUUUGACGAAUCAUUUGUAAUAUUUAAUAUAUUUCUUUUUUGAAACAGUGGAAGGUACAACACAAGCAUACAUAUGGGUGUUUUACAAGGGGAAAUAUUUAACAAUACUGUGUUGAGAUUAGACAAAAACUAAUUUUAUUAAUCAUUUAUACUGUGCAAACGAAGCCUAAGACGUGUUGGGGUUAAACGUGUCAAAAACAGAGACGCUUGAAAAGCGCAGGCGGAACUGUCCCACCUGGGACAUUAAAGGAGUCAUUUUAAAGAUGCCUUACUGGUCAGGCAUUGUACAGUGUUGUAACAUGUCAGAGUGUUUGUCAGUUGUCAUAUUACUUUUCCGUGCCACUUUACAUAUUUAAUUAAACAGACAUUUUGUUACUGAACCUUAA